AUGAGCCGAGCGUCUCAGAGCAGCAGAACAAACGAAUCAAACAUCUACAAAGGGCGCUACAGCGAGCCGGUGCCGACUACCAACCUUCACAACAAUGAAGAUGAUUUCCCAGAAUUUGAGCCUUUUGAUGAAGAGGCCAUGCCAAGAGCAUAUGCACCUGUGGGCACGGCUCUGUUGGUGCAGCGUGUCGACAUGUGUCAGCAGUUAAACAAACCAAACCACUACACCACCACCUACGACAUCCAAAACCUGGUGGUCCGCCGUGGGCAGGAGUUCGUCGUGCGAGUCACCUUCAACCGCCCGCUGGCCCAAGGAGACGACUUCCAGCUCGAGUUCCUGAUUGGUUCAGACCCCACUCCCAGUAAGGGCACUCUGGUGGCGGUGACUUUCGGUUCCCGUCGUGGCGGUCCGUGGUCUGGCCGGAUCGUGGAGACUAAGGGUGAAUUGGUGCUGCUGGGCGUCACACCGACCGCCGACGCCAUCGUGGGGAAGUUUCGUACCUACGUGGCCAUUGUUACGGGCGGCGGCAUUCAGCGAACCAGCAGGGACGCCAACACCGACCUGUACCUGCUGUUCAACGCCUGGUGUCCACAAGACGCUGUGUUUCUUGCUGAUGAAGCGGCACGCAGGGAGUACGUCAUGAGCGACUACGGCGUGAUCUUUGAGGGUACAGUUGCAGAUAUGUCAAAGCGCAACUGGAUGUAUGGACAGUUUGAGCGUGGGAUCUUGGACGCCUGUAUUUACAUCCUGGAUGCGUCUCGGAUGCCGAUCUACAACCGAGGCAACAUCGUCCAACUGGUCAGGAUGGGAUCUGCUAUGAUUAACUCUCAGGACGACAACGGCGUGUUGGUUGGGAACUGGAGCGAAGACUUCUCCAUGGGCACGGCGCCGACAGCUUGGACGGGGAGCGUCAAAAUCCUGCUGCAGUACGCCAACACCGGAGUCCCCAUUGGCUUUGGCCAGUGCUGGGUGUUUGCUGGAGUCUUCAACACCUUCCUCCGCUGCCUCGGCAUCCCGUCGAGGGUCAUCACCAACUACAAUUCAGCUCACGACAACACGGGCAACGUGAAGACUGAUAUCAUCCUCAAGAUGGACGGCACGCCGGACAUAAGCAACACCAGGGACACCAUCUGGAACUACCACUGCUGGAACGAGGUGUUCACCGUGCGCCCUGACCUGCCGGCCGGCCUCUCGGGGUGGCAGGCGGUGGACGCCACGCCCCAGGAGACCAGUGACGGAUAUUUUCGCUGUGGUCCGGCCUCGGUCACCACCAUCAAGGAGGGUCUGCUGUGCCACCCGUUUGACUCUAGAUUUAUCUUCGCUGAGGUGAACAGUGACAUGGUCUUCUACAAGCGGGAUCGCUAUGGGACUCUGACUCCAUAUCGGGUGGAUAAGACUUAUGUUGGAAAGGCUAUUUACACCCAGGCUAUAGGCAGCACAGCACCUCUGGACAUCACGCACACCUACAAGUACCCUGAAGGUAGCGCAGAAGACAACAGGACUAUGGCUCGGGCGGAGGACUACGGCUGUGAGAGGGAUCACUCUGAGCUACCUGACGCCCAGCUGACUGUCGCCAUCACGGCUGAACUGGUCAGUCUGGGUCAGGAUGUGAACCUGGCAGUGGAUUUCCAGAACCAGACUGAACACUCCACCACGGUCAAAGCUCACCUGACCGGCUCCGUCAUCUUCUACACCGGAGUCAUAUCCAAAAGCUUCAGAGAUCAGGACUUCACUGUCACCGUGGCGGCCAAUUACACCGAGCGUGUGAAGUUUAAGAUCCCCGCUCAGGAGUACAUGCCUUACCUGGGCUCUCAGCUCUCCCUGCAGUUCAUUGUGACUGGAAAGGCUGACGACCAAUCAGUGUCCGUCAUCAAAGUGAUAAAAAUGCAGACCCCUAGCCUCACCCUCACGGUGAGGGGCCGGCCUCAGGUGCAGCAGGAGAUGACGGUGACCGUUUCCUUCACCAACCCCUUCAACUUCCCCCUGCAGGGCGUUAACCUGGCCAUGGAGGGAUCCGGACUCAUAACCCACAGGACACGCUACUACAGGGUCAUUGAUCCUCUGGCGUCGAUCUCCUGGAAGGAGUCGUUCUUCCCUCGGCUGGUUGGACCCCGUCAGAUCGUUGCGGUGCUGGACAGCAGCUACCUCCGCCAGGUGUGGGGAAAGGCUGACAUCGUCAUCAGCGCCUGAGAUGAUUGGUCCACAGAGAUGUGACCCCACCCCCUUUCCAUUUACGCCACGCU